CAAUCUCGCGAUAACUUUACCCCAGUGGCGGCUGUGUGGCCCGUACCCCGGUGUCCAGUCCGAGCGGAGUCGUCCAUGACGUUUGAAUGAAAAACAGCGCUAAUUGCCUCCACUCUAAAUAGAGGAAACAAUGGCUUCUGCCUUGGAGCAGUUUGUGAACAAUGUGCGGCAGCUCUCCGCUCAAGGCCAGAUGACUCAGUUGUGUGAGUUGAUCAACAAGAGCGGGGAACUUUUGGCCAAAAAUCUGUCUCAUCUGGACACGGUGCUAGGAGCAUUGGAUAUCCAGGAGCACUCCCUCGGAGUGCUGGCUGUUCUAUUUGUAAAGUUUUCCAUGCCAAACAUCCCCGACUUUGAGACACUUUUCUCCCAAGUUCAACUCUUCAUCAGUACCUGCAAUGGAGAGCACAUUAGAUAUGCUACAGACACUUUCGCUGGUCUCUGUCACCAGCUGACAAAUGCCCUUGUAGAGCGUAAACAGCCAUUGAGAGGUGUUGUUAUCCUAAAACAGGCAAUAGACAAAAUGCAAAUGAACACAAACCAACUUACCUCGGUUCAUGCAGACCUGUGUCAGCUGUGUUUGUUGGCUAAGUGCUUUAAGCCAGCCCUACCCUUUUUGGAGUUGGACAUGAUGGACAUCUGCAAAGAGAACGGAGCUUACGAUGCAAAGCACUUUUUAUGCUACUAUUACUAUGGUGGAAUGAUCUACACAGGACUCAAAAACUUUGAAAGAGCACUGUAUUUUUAUGAACAGGCAAUAACCACUCCAGCUAUGGCUGUGAGUCACAUCAUGUUGGAAUCCUACAAGAAGUACAUCUUGGUGUCACUCAUUCUCCAUGGCAAAGUGCAGCCACUGCCCAAAUACACCUCACAAAUAGUGGGAAGGUUCAUCAAACCCCUGAGCAAUGCAUACCACGAGUUAGCUCAGGUUUACUCCACCAACAACCCAGCUGAGCUGCGCAACCUGGUCAGUAAACACAGCGAGACCUUCGCACGAGACAACAACACAGGCUUAGUCAAACAAUGCCUGUCCUCCCUCUACAAGAAGAACAUACAGAGGCUAACAAAGACCUUCCUGACGCUCUCUUUGCAAGACAUGGCCAGUCGAGUUCAACUUUCAGGCCCCCAGGAAGCCGAGAAAUACGUCUUACACAUGAUUGAAGAUGGUGAAAUCUACGCUAGUAUUAACCAAAAGGACGGCAUGGUCUGCUUUCAUGACAACCCAGAAAAAUACAACAACCCAGCGAUGCUUCACAAAAUAGACCAAGAGAUGUUGAAAUGUAUAGAGCUUGAUGAGAAACUUAAGUCUAUGGAUCAAGAAAUCACAGUAAACCCUCAGUUUGUGCAAAAGAGUAUGGGAUCGCAGGAGGACGAUGUUGGCAGCAAAACAUCCAGCUACUCCUGAGGGCCUGAACAGAAACAUUUUUGCAGCCAUCAACACGUUCUUCCCAGGAUGAGUAGCGUUGUUUUUAAGAGGAAGAUACACAUUUUGUUGCUAAAGGACAUUGGUCAACAAAAAUUAAACUGUAUGGAUGAUUAUACUUUUGUUUUUUCUGUCCUCUGGUGUAAAGAAUAACAAUAUUUCCCCACAGAAAAAGAUAAAAAAAAGAUAAUUUUGUGAAUGUUUAAUUUAUCAAUGUUCAGGUCAGGGUGCCACUGCUACAUCAACAGAAACCACAAAAAUAAAAACUGAACUUUUGGUUCCAGUCA